GCCAAGGUAACUAACCAACCCAGGUAACUUAGGGCGUAGCAGUAGAGGAGAGGGCGUGUCAUUACGUCAAAACGAGUCAUUGCGCUUUCUUGUAUUGCUGCUUUCCUGCCAGAGCAACAACGUACUUCUGCCUUUUUACAAGCAGCUUUAGUCAUGGCAUCAGGUGUACUUAUCAACGAUGAGGUGGUAAUCCACUACAAUCAAAUCAAAGUGCGCCGCCAGGGUGAAGAGGAGAAAGAAAGACUGAAACUUUUGAUGAUGCGUGUAAGUGAAGACCUCAAGGAGAUAAUCGUAGACCACGACAACUGCCUGAGAAAGAAAGAUUUUGAGAAUGUGCCAGAUGUUUUACAAUUGAUCACCAGUAAGCUUCCUCCCAAAGAGUGCCGCUACUGCCUGUAUGACUGCACCUAUGAGAGCAAAGGGAGUUUGAAGGAAGACCUGGUCUUCAUCAUGUGGUCUCCUGAUGAUUCAAGUUUAAAAAAGAAAAUGGUCUAUGCAGCCUCAAAGGCAGAUCUCAGGAAGAAAUUACCAGGUGUAAAAUUUGAGUGGCAAGUGAAUGACAAUGCAGAUAAACAAGCAUCUUGUCUUGUGGAGAAACUCGGUGGCCGGGCUGCGGUAACGACUUUGGAGGGCAUGCCGGUUUAGGAGAGAUAAAAGCAAUCAGAACAAUGUCCCAACAUCCGCCUUAACAGUCCACUUUAAAAUUCUUAAAGACCAGAUGGUUAAUUAAAAAAAAAUAAUCAUUUACCCUGACAAAGAUGUUAUCUUUUACAAGUAUACUAAUAAACUUUGUUGUUCGAA